AUCCGUGCAGGAAGGGCCGUGGCUUUAGCGCCCUGCCGCCGCCGCCGUGUCUGCUGGGAGAACUCACUACAUCCAAGAUGGCGGCGAGCAGGAGGUUGGGAAAGGAACUUGAUGAAAUCCGCAAAUCUGGAAUGAGAAAUUUCCGUCACAUCAUAGUUGAUGAUUCAAAUAUUUUGAACUGGCAAGGGCUCAUUGUUCCUGAUAACCCACCUUAUGACAAAGGAGCCUUCCGGAUUGAAAUCAACUUUCCAGCAGAGUACCCUUUCAAACCACCCAAGAUCACCUUUAAAACAAAGAUCUAUCAUCCCAACAUUGAUGAGAAAGGGCAGGUGUGUCUGCCAGUCAUUAGCGCAGAAAACUGGAAACCAGCUACCAAAACCGACCAGGUUAUCCAGUCCCUCAUAGCAUUGGUGAAUGACCCACAACCUGAGCACCCACUGAGGGCUGACUUGGCUGAAGAAUACUCAAAGGACCGUAAAAAAUUCUUUAAGAAUGCAGAAGAGUUUACAAAGAAAUAUGGUGAAAAGCGACCAGUGGACUAAGACUUGGCUGUUGUGAAUCCCACAAAACUCAUUCGACCAGACCCAGAGCAGUGCGUUUCAGAAGCACCUCGAAGCAGGACUCGAUGUGGAUCACAGACAAGUGCCACCCCAUGGUGUUGCUUGUGCCUGUUACUAACUUUCUACUGUUUUCUUAAAUCCAAAAAAAAAAAAUAUUAAAAAACAAAAUGCAAAAAAAAAAAAAAAUGGUUUAGAAAAUAACCUGUAAAGAUGGGAUUAAAAAUACACACAAAAUGUUUUAGUUGUGCUUUGUUUGUUUAAAAUCACUGCUUCAGUAGACUAUACAUAUGAUGCGAAUAUAUUAGACUAAUGUUAUCAAAGCCAGAUCUUAUGCCCUUCAGGAAAGAAAAAAAAAUGUUGUGUUUGUUCUGAUAAACUUUCUUUUUUAUGCUGUCCCCUGAACUCUGCUUUCUUCCCCACUCCUCCUCCCCUCCCCAAGAGAAUGUCUUGGUAAAACAGCAGUCCUGAAGGUGGAUGACAACUGUUUCAUGUUACUUUUGCGUUCUGUGGAACUUGCUUUAUCAAUUCCCCUUAUCUUCAGUUUGUAACGUUUAAUAAUCAGAAUUACACCCUAGUCACCAAUUGUUUCCGACAUUAAAAGAAAAAAAAAAGGU